AUGCUGAAUAUAAACAAUUUCAUCUUUAAAUUGAAUAAGACAACGAGUACAACAAAAUACUAUCGAUGUGAGGAUUCACGUUGUACUGUUACUGCACGUACUGAUCUUGAAGAUAAUAUUUUGAACAUUAAAGGUGAUCAUUGUCAUCCACCUGAACCAGAAGAAAUUCAAAUUCGAGUGUUCAAACAAGUUGUCAAAGCCCGUGCUAUAAGUGAAAGUACACCUAUUCCACAAAUUUAUGACGAGGAAGCAGCCCGAAUCGAUUUAUCAGCAUUAGCAAUUGCUGCUUUACCAUCUCAGGGAGAACUUGGUAGUACAUUAAAUAAAGCACGUCGUCUUCAAACACCAUCAAUUCCUAAUUCUCAGCUGUUUGAUAUAUCUCAGUCUUAUACUAAAACUUUGAAAAAUUUACCUUUCCUUUAUAUCGAUCAAAUUAUAAAAAGAAAAACUCGAAUACUGGUAUUUGCAUCAGAUGAACAACUAAAAUUAUUGUUCAAUAGCUCCGUCAUCUUGAUGGAUGGUACUUUCUCAUCAUCACCUUCGAUUUUCGAUCAAGUAUAUUGCAUACAUGCAAUUAAAUUUGAACAAUCGUUUGUAUGUGUUUUUGCUCUGUUGCCUGAUCGAAAAAAACCUACAUAUAAAUAUUUAUUUCAUGAAUUACGUAAUAAAGCUGCUCAAUUAAAUAUGACUUUUAAUCCAUGUACUAUUAUGUCAGAUUUUGAAGGAACAUUCGCUGAAAUACUUAAAAUUGAAGUACGUAUUACUUUAGUUUAA